AUGUCUUUGGGGAAGAAGAGAGGAUCGAGAAGCCCUGACCUCAGGGGUGCAGCAGCCUCACGGAAACUCGCAAACCGAGGGAGGAUGUCUCCAAAGCCAAAACAGCUAAAGCCACCCCGGGAAGCUCUAUUCCAGAACAGGAACGCAACAAAACUCCCUCGCCAUGAGGUGUACCCUUUUCCGAACAAAAGCAGGAAACCAGUGACAAAAGCAGCAAAAAUUGAAGGACAUAAGGUUUUUAUGACCUUUGUGUAUGGUGAUCCGGUUGUUGAAUACCGCGAGAUGGUGUGGGAGAGACUAAUGCGAAUCAGCCUAAGAAGAUCAGGAGCAUGGCUCAUGCUGGGAGACUUUAAUGAGAUUACCAGUAACUUAGAGAAGAAAGGUGGGAGGAAACGUUCUGACUCGUCUUUCCUUGCCUUUCAAAAUAUGCUGGCGACAUGUGGUAUGAUAGAGUUCCCACACACCGGAAACAAGCUUUCUUGGGCAGGUAGAACAAGAUCCGAGAGGGUCCAAUGCCGUCUAGACCGAGCUGUGGGGAACGAGGAUUGGCAUCAUAUUUUUUCCCACACUGAUGUGGAGUACCUCUUGAGAUGGGGAUCAGAUCAUAGACCGAUCUUAGUCCGUAUAAAAACAAAAGAAACGACAGGAAGGAGAGGAUUUAAGUUCGAUAGAAGGUGGCUUGCGAAGGAGGGGUUUUUAGAGACAGUCAAACAAGGAUGGGAGAAUCAUGAAACCAGCCAGCCUGUUCGGCUCUUUGAUAAGAUCAGCAAAUGUCGUACAGCUAUCUCUCGAUAG